CUGGGCUGCGUCAGGCUGAGCGCAGUCCGCGCGCGGCCGCGGGAGCGCAGUGCCAGCGCCGCCCGGCCCCACCGAGAGGGGCGCACUCGUCGCUACGGGGCUCGCACCGCUCGCCGCAGCCCCCUCCCGCCGACCCGCAAGUCCUCUCAAGCCUGGAGUCAUUAAGUGGUUCUGCCUGUUCCAGGGGCUGAGCAGAAGCAGCCAGUGGUCCUGCCAAGUGGAUGUACUGAUUCCCUAUUCUGACUCUAGAGAAGACUCCAUCACAGAUUGCUGCAAUGUCUGUAUCUAAUCUAUCAUGGUUGAAGAAAAAGUCCCAGUCAGUGGAUAUUACUGCUCCAGGGUUCAACCCUUUAGGUGGUGCAGGGAAGCAAGCACCACAAGCCAGCAAGCCCCCGGCACCCAAGACCCCCAUCAUCGAAGAAGAACAGAACAACUCAGCAAACACCCAGAAGCAUCCUUCCAGAAAAAGUGAACUGAAGAGGUUCUAUACCAUUGACACUGGCCAAAAGAAGACCCUAGACAAGAAAGAUGGGAGAAGGAUGUCUUUUCAGAAGCCUAAAGGAACCAUUGAAUAUACUGUUGAAUCAAGGGAUUCUUUGAAUAGCAUAGCCCUGAAAUUUGAUACCACACCCAAUGAACUUGUUCAGUUAAAUAAGUUAUUCUCCCGAGCAGUCGUGACUGGACAGGUUUUAUAUGUUCCUGAUCCUGAAUAUGUCUCUAGUGUUGAGAGUUCCCCAUCCCUAAGCCCUGUAAGUCCUCUGUCGCCAACGUCAUCUGAGGCUGAAUUUGAUAAAACCACUACUCCCGAUGUAGUCCAUCCAAAAGAGGCACCCCCGGCAUCUACUGUGAGCGGUAUUCGGCCUGCGAGAGUUGUGUCUUCAACUUCUGAAGAAGAAGAAGCAUUUACUGAGAAAUUUCUUAAAAUUAAUUGCAAAUAUAUCACCAUUGGCAAGGGCACAGUCAGUGGCGUCCUGCUAGUCACACCAAAUAACAUAAUGUUUGAUCCACACAAGACAGACCCCUUGGUUCAAGAGAACGGUUGUGAGGAAUACGGCAUCAUGUGUCCGAUGGAAGAGGUGAUGUCAGCUGCCAUGUACAAAGAGAUUUUGGAUAGCAAAAUAAAGGAAUCACUGCCCAUAGAACUAGAUCAGUUGUCAGGAAGGGGGUUCUGCCAUUCAAAGAAAACGACAGGAGUCACUGCUGAGGACCCAGACUCGAGAACCCGUGACCAGGGUAACGACAGUGCCAGCACUGCUCCCAGGAGCACUGAGGAGUCUCUCUCGGAAGACGUUUUCACAGAGUCAGAACUCUCUCCUAUCCGGGAGGAGCUGCUCUCCUCGGAGCUGAGACAGGAGAAAUCAUCUGAUGCCUCGUCCGAAUCUGUGCAAACUGUCAGUCAGAUCGAAGUAGAGUCCUUGACAGCCACGUCAGAGGCUGCUAAUGUUCCUGACCGCACUAGCUCGAAUACUGGACGUUCUUCAAAUGAAGUCGGGGCUUUAUCUCAUGAAACUGGCUUAAGUGGUCUGGAAAUAGCCACUAAAGGAGGAGACAAAGCUACAGAAAGCCUUCAAGAAGUCUCAGGCCCAAAGGAACAAAGCACAGAUGUAAAAGGUCAGGAUAACCAGGAUUCUUUCCACCAGGAAAAUUCACUGCAGCAAGAGGCAGGUGAAGACAAUGUAUCUUCUGGAGAAACAGUAGAACUGAAAGAAAAGCCAACUGUUCUUAAGGAUCAACAAGGGAAGGAGCUAAAACAGGACUCAGAGACAGAAGUAGAGGAGCUGCGCAAACUCUGGAAAACUCACUCCAUGCAGCAAGCCAAGCAGCAAAGGGACACGAUUCAGCAGGUGUCACAGAGAGAAAGUAAACACAGAAGCGCAGCUGCAGACGCACAUGGAGAAGGCUCCUCGCUGUUAAAGGAAAAGCGAAGGCAUCGAUUACAUAAGUUCCUAUGUCUCAGAGUCGGAAAACCAAUGAGGAAGACAUUUGUAUCGCAAGCAAGUGCUACGAUGCAACAGUAUGCACAGAGAGAUAAAAAACACGAAUAUUGGUUUGCAGUGCCACAAGAAAGGACAGACCACUUGUAUGCCUUCUUCAUUCAGUGGAGUCCAGAAAUCUAUGCAGAAGAUUCUGGUGAAUACACCAGAGAGCCCGGAUUUAUAGUAGUCAAAAAGAUGGACGAGUCUGAAGUGAAUGAAGCCCCUGCUGGUGAAGCAGCAGCCAGGGAGUGGGAGGUAGUGUCGGUGGCUGAGUAUCACCGCAGGAUCGAUGCUCUAAAUACUGAAGAACUGCGCACACUCUGCAGACGUCUCCAGAUUACUACGAGGGAAGACAUCAACUCAAAGCAGGCUGCUCCAGCCAAAGCAGACCUGGAGCCUGAAUCUUUCCGACCAAACCUAAGCGACCCCAGUGAACUCUUACUGCCUGAUCAGAUUGAAAAGCUUACUAAGCACCUUCCACCGAGAACCAUUGGCUAUCCAUGGACUCUUGUGUACGGUACUGGGAAGCAUGGUACAAGUUUGAAGACUCUUUAUCGAACGAUGACAGGUUUAGACACUCCGGUGCUGAUGGUGAUUAAAGACAGUGAUGGACAGGUUUUUGGUGCAUUAGCAUCAGAGCCAUUUAAAGUAAGUGAUGGCUUUUACGGUACUGGAGAAACAUUUGUUUUCACAUUCUGCCCAGAAUUUGAGGUCUUUAAGUGGACAGGAGAUAAUAUGUUUUUUAUCAAAGGAGACAUGGAUUCGUUAGCAUUUGGUGGUGGAGGAGGGGAAUUUGCUCUUUGGCUUGAUGGAGAUCUCUACCAUGGAAGAAGCCAUUCCUGUAAAACGUUUGGGAAUCAUACACUUUCUAAGAAGGAAGAUUUCUUUAUCCAAGACAUUGAAAUCUGGGCUUUUGAAUAAACACAGUGCUCUUGGUUGUAGCAGGACAUCGGCCCAAACCUGAAUGGACAAACGCAUCGUUUGGAAUGUUCAAGAAGCAAUACAAUUAAUAUGUCACUCGUGCUUUAAAGUCAGUCUGUUUGGCCAUUUACUGCAACUAUAAUUUUGGAGUUUAUUUUUCCAAUCCUGUUUCUGUCCCAGAGUUCUUUUGUUUACACCAUGGCCUGGGAUCCAGUAGUGUAACAGCGGGUAGAAUUUGUCAGCACAGUGCAGCAUUUGGAUCACAGAGGCCGCCACCUUUUCAUUUUACGUCAUUUCAGUCCUAACUGGAUGGUGCUCUGUUCAACUUGUUUUUAAUCUGUAUUGAUUCUUUUUAUAGAGCAGUGUACUCGGGGCAUUGAGGAAAUGGAGCCUAGAUACUUUUGUAUCUGGUGGAGUUGGCACAGGUGACAUUUGGGCCUACUUACAUUUAGUUCUAAAUAAGAAACCACAUGCCAAAAUAAUACAUGCCUCAUAGACCUCUUCUAGUUCUAACUCACUACAGCAUUCUCUUUAUUCAUUUUGUAAACAUUCUCUAUUUCAUUUUAAGAAUGAAAUUGGAGGGGCAGUCUGAUUGGCAUAGACCACACAGCACACACAGUCUGCAGGUUUGGGCGCAUGUUUUCAUCACUGAAUUUUCAGAUAGAGGAGAAUUGACAGAGGAGAAUGGGAAUUCAAUGAUUCUAUUGGAUUUAAUAUAUUAAGCAAGUAAUACUAUUUACAUAUUUGUAGCUUAAUAGGGCAUUAUCAUAAGUACAAAACUAAAACGUGCAUAUUUCUUCAACAUUGUGUCAGAUACACUGUUUUACAGUUCUCUUGUUCAGCCUUGUUGCAUACCAACUUCCCCAGGACAUUUUUGUUUCAUUUUGUUUUGUUUCUUCUCAAAAGGAAAAAAAAAUUGUUUUGAAAUAAAACCGUGUUUUUUUCUCAGUGGUAUAUGUUACUAGUUACCAUUAGCAUCUGCUCUUAGAAAAGGGCAGUGACUGUCGUAGACAACACUGUAACUCAGUAGACUUGGUGAAUGUGCAAGCUUACUGUCAAGUGGCCUCAAAAACGAAAAGGUAGAAUAAACUAGCAAUUGUAUUCUUUCUUGUAGGAAACCAACAAUAAGCCAUGUGGCAACAAUUCGUCAGUUAAAAUUCAGAGCUUCAUGUUAUGCAAAAAAAAUAAAUCCUGCUGUUAUACGUGACAGUGACCUUGUGCUGAAAAUUCAGCUGUUCCACACAAAUGUUGUAUAUCUUGUAAAUUGAUGUCUAAAGAUAGUUUUGUUCUUAUAGAAAGUGUUGACUGCCAGGUUGCUUAUAGCACUUUAAAUUAUUCUGAAGAUGAAAUUACCAGCCAAGUAUGUUGGCUUAAGUAGUUUUAGUUAUAUAACUCUUAAAAAUACCUAGUUCUUUUGGGAACAGUUUAGAUAAUUAUCUAAAGAAAACAUACUAUUAAUCAGAAUCUCUGGUGUUCUAUGACACGCUGUUGCUAAAGAUGAAUAGAAACGGCAUCGUUUCCUCGUCUGUGUAAAGCUCUCAUUACAAGUUAGGUAAUAGUGUCUAGGUUAGAGGUUUAUAAUAUAAUAUAAGGAACUGUAAAUAAAUGUACCCUUCCUAUUAGUCUUCCACAGCAGUAUUAUUGUCUUUGUGGAGGUGACUAAAUCACAAAACUUUAAACAUCCUGUAAUGGAUUCCAACUACAAAAACGUCAUAGAGAUGUAUACCAAAUAAAAUUAAAUGCAUAAAUGCAAA